AUGUUUAAAUCUUUUCAGAAUGCGAUUAGAUGGGAGUGCACGGCAGCAUCGGUGAAGACCGUUAAAUACCAACUAAGCGAUUUAUGUGAUGCUAGAAAGGAUUUAGCAGAAAAUACAACAGAUUGUCAGUUGGUCAGUGAAUGCCAUUCUAUAGAAAAGGAAAUAACUACCUACGAAUUUGCAGUUUCACUUAUCAUAUGGUAUGACAUUCUUACAAAGAUAAAUGUUAUAAGUAAAACGUGGCAAAGCGAAAACAUGCACUUAGAUAUAGUUCAAAGAAGUCAGAUGACAACGCAAAAAAGGCAUUUUGAUUAUGAAGGGGAACAUGAAGCUCAUGAAUUGAAUGCGGAAGAAUAUUUUAAAAUAAACUAUUUUUAUAUCAUUGUGCGCGCAAGCUGCCAUCCUAGGUUUGCGGCUCUUAAACAUCAUGAGAGCAUAUUUGGUUUCAUGUAUAAUAUAAAAAGAUUAAAGGAAAUUAGUGAUAGUGAACUUUUGAAGCAAUGCAACGACUUGCAAAUAUCUAUGACAGUAGGAGAAUCAUGUGAUAUUGAUGGACAUGAAUUAUACGAAGAACUGAAUAUGUUCAUCCGUGUGUAUGAAGGAAACAACGAUAUUAUCUCGGUGCUGAAAUACAUAGUAGAACAAAAGUUAACUGAAGUUUACCCCACUAUCGAAAUAGUCCUGAGAAUUAUUGCUACCACACCUGUUACAGUUGCGUCUGCUGAAAGGAGCUUUUCGAGGCUUAAAAUUAUCAAAACAUAUUUGAGGAAUUCGAUGACACAAGAUCGGCUUUCAGCCCUUGCUAUUCUUUCAAUCGAAAAUGACGUAACUAGUUCGUUAGAUUAUUGUGUUUUAAUUAAAUAUUUUAGUCUUAGGAAAAGUCGCAAACAUCAAUUUUAA